AGCGCCGCGGCGCCGAGGCCACUCUCGCCGUUCCGGACCGGCCCCCGGCCGGACAAUCGGAGUGGAGAUGGCGGGAGCACUUACGCGACCCCGUCCCGCCCGGGCCUUGACGUGGACCUCGACCUAAACCUCAACCGGGACCAGUCUGUCUUGUCCUGUGUAGACGUCACAAGAGGACUGUGCCAGGCACCGCUUCAUCGUCUGGGCCGCCGUGAAGCGCAACUCAUCGCCGCGCAUGACCCCUCAGGAACGGCUGGAGUGUCCGUUGCUGAGAUGUACGCAGCGGUUCCCCGACCACGAAGCGAUGCUCAAGCAUCUGGCCGGGUGCCGCUAUCUCGCCUUUGGGGAGUACUGGUGCUACGACCACAUGAGGGUGGAGCGCUUCGACGACCUGAAAUGCAGGCGGUGCCUGGGUCAUCCCUCCAAGAGGAGGAAGAUACUGCACAUGGCCAAGAGCUUCUUCCGCUCGCUCGGUCACAAGUCCAAGAAGAUGCAGGGCAUGAGCUCGGACGAUGGCGAUAUCAUGCUCCCGCCGCCGCCGAGCUAUGAUUCCCUCAACAUCCCGAGCGUCAACGGCAGAGCAAGCGAGCUGCCGUCCACCGAGAUCCUCGAAAUCGACUCGAUGGAGCUUCCUCUUAUCCAGGCCCCACCCAUGCCGGCGCCCAGCGACGUUAUCGACCCUCAGGCGUUGAUCAUGACCGUGGCGCCCCCGCUGCCCGAGCUCGACUCGACGAUGCUCUCGAGCGACGCCUUCAUGCAGUGGCAACCGGUGUCGGCUAUUGAGUCGCCCUCCUUCCCUAUCAUGACGCAGGACGAUGGCUCCGUGAAAGUGCCAGCCACUAAACCGACGCUUCAAUUGACCACGGCCGGGUUGCAGGGCCGUCGCCAAAGCCCUCGACCAGUUGCCAGACCCGCUUCCGUCGUCCCGCGCAGCAAAGGGCUCUCGCCAAGCUCAUCGGUGAGGUCCACGGCCAGCACCGAUACCAAUGCCAGCACGACGAGCAACGGCAGUUCCUUGAUCUCUCCGGCUUCAAACUGGAGCGGCGCUUGGUCGAUGGGCUCCGGGCUGAACACAGGCAUGACGUCCCCGGUCGACGGCAUCGUGGCCGACGAUAUGUUUGCGGAAGCCUCAAAUAGCUACAGCCACGACGCGUGUCCCAACUUCCUGCAUGACCUCGUCUCGGAGCUCCCCGCAGACCUUCCCAUGCUCGACAACGCCUCCGACAUGCCUUCGGAUGCCCUUCUUGGGUUCAACCCCUCGUCGACGGCUAAUGUGUCGUACAAUCCAGACAUUGUCUUGACUGACGACGUGGCCGACGAAGUCGAGCGUGAUGAGCCCGAGAUCGCGGAAACGAACGCAUGCUGCUCCGAGACCAAGUCGCUGGUCUGCUCAGCGUGGGAUGCUCUGCAGGAGCACGUCGUGUCGUCCAUGGUCAAGAUACAAGAUCAGCAGGGAAACCGCCUCGCCAGCCAGCUCGAGGCAAUGUCGAUCAAGACAGUAGCAACAACUGGCUUGCGAGUCCUGCGUGCGCUCAUCAAUGGCCACCAGCCGUCGUCCGCCAGCGAUGCCCUUUGCUUGAUCCAUCUCGUCUACGCUUUCUCUCUAGUGCUGCAUGAGCAAGGAAUCCCGGAGCGUUUCGACGGUCUCUUUCUCCAGUCCUUAACGUACAUGAACGAGUUGCCACCAAGCGAUCGGGAUCUUUACCGGCAGCUCGUCAUGAGCAUCUGGCAACCUCCCGGCAUCAACCAGGCUAGGAUCGAUCAUCAUCUCGCGUCAGUGUCCGGCAGGCCAUUUGGUUUAUCCCCUGACCCUAAGGGCAAGUCUCCUCAGGUUCUGGAUUGGGGGUUCGGGCAGAGCAGCGAUUCGGUACUAGCGGCGGCACGAGACUUCCUUGACGAACUCGAGAUGAGUCUCCUUCUAAGCCAUGAUUCCUUGCCGCUUGAGGUGCAGGUGUCCGACUUGCAUAUCACGCACUUGAAGGACACGAAACCCGCGGGAUUGGCGAACGGGGCUUUGGUUGCAACGACGAAAUACGUGUUAGAGAUGCUUGCUCAGGGAUUCAGCCACCCUCGCCUCAACGACAGGUUGGAAGAGAUCUAUCGGCGACUCGGCAGCGGCUCCAUCUGCAGUGUUAGGCGGAUAGAGAUCGAGAUCCUCCAUGCGGGAAAGGUAUUGUGUUCGUCAACCCCUGCUUGUUCGACUGGACUAACCAGUGAAGCAGAUAUGCCUGCCGGCCGCGAAGUUCUAUGGCAAUUUCGUCCCCCGAACCAGAAGAUUGUGCGACCAAAUCUACGGGCAACAUGACACGGGCCCGUCACGGCGGGAUAUCUACCACGGACUCGGUAUCACGCUGAUUGAAAACCUGAUC